AUGGCUCAAGGACAACUCAAAAAGCCCUCCAAGCCCUCCAAGCCGUCAUCGUUGUCAUCCUCCAGCAAUAGCAACAGCAAAGCCACGUCCGGCAAAAUCACCAAGAAGGGCUCACGGACCAUCACGCCCAAGAAAGCCAGCCUAGUCAGGCAGGCGAAGCUGAACAAGAAGUUCACGGCCGGGUUGACCGCAAAGACGGAGGCCAUGCUGGGUGCUAGAGCGGGACAUCUGGAGAUGCUGGGGCAGGGAAAGGGUGGAAAGAAGGGGCAGAAGAAUGGGCCCAGCAAGGGCGGGAACAAGUCUGGAGGGUAG